GUUGUCGUAGCUUUUUAGCUUUACACUACAUUAGGAGGUAGUUACAUACACCACACCACAACUUCCAAGUUGCUUUAAACAACUUCUUCUCUUCAACACCACAUAUUAUUACAUAGUACGUGAAAUGACAGAGCAUUAAACAUCAUACUACCCAGGAUAUUCUUCGAUAUUCCCUACCGACGACUUGGUAAAGUUGAAGGUCCGAAUAUAUUAUCUACAUAGAUGCGCACGGCUGAAGAUGAUUGGCCCCUGGCGUCCAUCGCUACGACAUCGCUACUGUGCUAACACACCGUAUCUACCUGAGUCUAACCGACCUUAUCCAUAUCAAACAUCAUGACGCGACGGAUAGUGCGCACCAUAUCCCAGCUUGCCGCUGCCGCCGUAUUCGCAUUCUUCAUCAUUUUUCUCUUAGAUCGAAAUUUCCGACUUCUCCCUAAUUCCGUCCAUGAGUACAUGCCUCAGCACCAUCAUGGCCAAGUCGUCACCGAUAUAACAAUUACACAAUGUUCCAAAGUCAACCUGUUUUCCUCCUGCAAGCUCGACCCCGAAUCAUGGCACCGGGUCGAGAAGAACCUCUAUUUAGACAAAUCGUGGGUCUCCAAGGCCUACAUCCAUGUCCAGAGGAAGAAGGAGGAGGAGCUGAAGGCGGAUGACAAGGUAGUCGUGGGUGUCACAGUGGGCCGACUAGACCCUUCGACGGGAGCCAAGGGGCAGGCGGGUGAAAAGUGGGAGUCUCGUCCAGCGGGCCUAUGGGUACUACGAUCAUCCAAGCCAACGGCAAGUGACUCUAAGAAAGCGGUUACGGCGAUAGAUGUCCUCUUCGGUGACGACGCUGUCGAGGUUCGAGACGGGUGGCAGUUCCAGAAUACGCCCUUGUUACUCGACGUCGGGCCAGAUAUACCGAGUGCCCAUAUCACCGUCCGGCAGGGAAGUCAGGUCGAGCCUAUAAAACCCCAACCACGAGUGAGGGACAAUGGGAAGUUCAAGAUAAUGCAGCUGGCAGAUCUUCAUUUGAGCACGGGCGUUGGUCAUUGCAGAGAUGCGGUUCCCGACGAGUAUGAAGGUGGCCCCUGUCUAGCAGAUCUGCGGACUCUAGAUUUCGUAUCUAAGCUGUUGGACGAAGAAAAGCCUGAUCUAGUUGUCCUUAGCGGUGACCAGGUGAAUGGCGAUACCGCUCCCGAUGCGCAAUCGGCCAUCUUUAAAUACGCGCAGUUACUCAUCAAGCGCAAGAUCCCCUACGUAUCCAUAUUCGGUAACCAUGACGAUGAAGGAUCGCUACCUAGAGCCGGGCAGAUGGCGCUGAUUGAACAAUUACCGUAUUCGUUGUCUGUCGCCGGACCAGACGAUAUUGACGGGGUUGGUAACUACUUUAUUGAGGUCCUUGCUCAAGGGAGCUCGAAGCAUUCCGCUCUCACUGUAUACUUGCUUGAUUCCCACUCAUAUUCUCCGGACGAGCGGCAAUGGAGCGGCUACGACUGGAUCAAAAAGAACCAAAUCGAUUGGUUCAGACAGACUUCAGAGAGUCUGAAAAAGAAGCAUAAAGAGUAUACUCAUAUCCACAUGGAUAUCGCCUUUAUCCACAUUCCUCUUCCGGAAUACAGGGAUCAGGAGUCGCAGUACGUAGGCGAAUUAAGAGAAGGUGUCACGGCCCCCAAGUUCAACUCCGGAUUCCGCGAUGCUUUGGUUGAGCAAGGUGUCGUCAUGGUUAGUUGUGGACACGACCAUGCAAAUGAGUAUUGCAUGCUAUCAUCCAAUAAGGAGACGAAGAAGCCCGAGCUGUGGAUGUGUUAUGGUGGCGGUGCCGGAUUUGGAGGAUACGGCGGUUAUGGCGGCUUCGUCCGCCGGGUUCGUUUCUUCGACAUUGACAUGAACGAAGCCCGAAUCACAACUUACAAGAGACUUGAAUACGGCGAUACCGUGACUCGUGUCGACGAACAAAUCAUCGUCGACGGAGGCGGUGUUAUCCCACCUAAGGAUCAGAGCUGAGCACAUAAAUCAUGGGAGGAUUUCGAAAUUUCAAGCUUAACUUCACGACGUGACGCUAUCUCACUCUACCUG